AUAGACACUGUGAAGCACCUGUGUGGUGACUGGUUCCCCAUCGAGUACCCAGACUCAUGGUAUCGUGACAUCACAUCCAACAAGAAGUUCUUCUCCCUUGCUGCGACCUACAGAGGUGCCAUUGUGGGAAUGAUAGUAGCUGAAAUUAAGAGCAGGACCAAAAUACAUAAAGAGGAUGGAGAUUCUAACUUCUCUGUUGACACACAAGUUGCCUACAUUCUAAGUCUGGGAGUAGUGAAAGAAUUCAGGAAGCAUGGCAUAGGUUCCCUUUUACUUGAAAGCUUAAAAGAUCACAUAUCAACCACAGCUCAGGACCACUGCAAAGCCAUCUAUCUGCAUGUCCUCACCACCA